AUGUCUUUCAGCAAAGAAAGUGAAUGUAUCGUUCAGGUUGUAGGGGAAGUGAAGAAAGUGCUAACUCGCAUUACGAUAGAACGGGAAAGAGAGAUCCCCAUUAACAAUAUUCCUGCAAAUGCAGUAGAUGAAGAAACGGCUGAAUCUGCUUCAGACUCGACUCUUCCUCCCUUUGGCAUAGAAACACGUUUUGAGAAAUUGAAAGAGAAGAUAAAAUCCGACGUUUACCAUACUCUUAGGCUUGGUCUUGUCGGGAUGCCAGGUAUUGGUAAGACCACCUUGACGGAGAUGUUGUAUGAAAACUGUAAAGGAAAGUUUGUGCGCCAAGCUUUUCUUCCAGAUGUCCAUGAUUUGUGUAAAAGCGGCACAAUGGAUGGGAGCAUUCUCAGCAGAGAGUUGUUGAAGAAUGAAGAUAUGAUCCGAACAGUCGCUUACAUGACGCCUGAGUCCUUGAAAGCACUCCUACUCCUUAAAAAAUCUUUUGUUGUUCUUGAUAACGUGAGCAACAAGAAACAGCUAGAGGUUCUUCUUGGCAAUGGCGACUGGAUUAAGGAAGGUAGCCUAAUCAUUAUCACGACGAGUGAUAGAUCAGGGGAUGAGCAUUACGUGAGGUGUUUGGUGGAGUCUGAUCUAAAGGAUCUUGCCGGUAAAUUUUUGAUUAACAUUUCUGGUGGACGAGUAGAGAUGCACGAUUUGCUGUAUACUUUUGGCAAGGAACUUGCUUCCCAAGGAUCAUGUAGACUGUUGAACAACAAAGAAUUUGUUGAUGCUCUGAAGAAUACAACGCAGGGAGACGACAGAGUGAGAGGUAUUUUUGUUGACAUGUCUGAACUAGAGAAGGAACUUCCUUUGGACACAUGUACCUUCAAUAAGAUGCCUAAUCUUAGGUACUUGAAAAUCUAUAGUUCCCAUUGUAAUCGGGAAUGCAAAGCUGACUGCAAAUUAAACUUCCCUGAUGGGCUUGAGCUUCCAUUAGAUGAGAUACGGUAUCUCCAUUGGCUGAAAUUUCCUUUCAAGAACCUUCCAGAAGAAUUCGACCCCAAGAAUCUUACCGACCUUAACCUGCCUUACAGCGAGAUUGAAGGGGUCUUGGAUGGUGUUAAGGAAACACCAAAGCUUAAGUGGGUUGAUCUUAGCUAUUCAAGAAAGUUAAGCAAUCUUUCAGGGUUGCUAAAUGCUGAAAGUCUCCAGAGAUUGAAUCUUGAAGGCUGCACGAGUUUGCAAGAGUUACCAAAGGGCCUAAAACGCAUGCAGAGUCUUGUUUUCCUCAACAUGAGAGGUUGCACGAGUCUCCGGGUUCUCCCAAAUAUCAAUCUGAUCUCUCUGAAGACUCUUAUUCUCACCAACUGCUCAAGCCUUCAGACUUUCAAGGUGAUUUCGAAUAAUCUAGAAACUUUACACUUAGAAGGAACUGCCAUUAGUCAACUUCCAACAACCAUUUGGAAGCUCAAGAGACUGAUUGUAUUGAACUUGAAAAACUGCGAAAAGUUGGUAGAAGUUCCAGAAUGCCUGGGAAAGCUGAAAGCCCUGCAAGAGCUGGUGCUAUCUGGUUGUUCAAAGCUCAGUACUUUUCCAAUUCCUAUUCAAAACAUGAAAAGCUUGCAGAUAUUGUUGCUCGACGGGACAGAUUUCAGUACCUUAAAAGUGGAAGACCUACGUGAAGUAAGAUGUGGUAUGAAGAACGGCGUAGCCUCAUUGCAGCGUCUAUGCUUGAGCCGGAAUGAUAUGAUCACCAACCUCCAAGAUGAUAUCAGUUUACUAUGUCAUCUGAAACUGCUUGACCUGAAGUUCUGCAAGAAUCUCACUUCAAUUCCACUGCUUCCACCAAAUCUUGAGAUCUUAGAUGCACAUGGCUGCGAGAAGUUGAAGACGGUUGCAACGCCAUUGGCCAUUCUUAAACAUAUGGAGAAGGUUCACUCUAAAUUCAUUUUCACCAACUGCAACAGUCUUGAUCAGGCUGCGAAGAAUAGUAUCACAACGUAUGCUCGAAGGAAAAGCCAAAUAGAUGCGCUUAGAUGCUAUAAAGAGGGACAUGCUUCAGAAGCUUUAUUUAUUACUUCCUUUCCAGGGAGUGAAGUACCUUCGUGGUUUAAACAUCGCAUGAUUGGAUCAACGUUAAAGCUGAAGUUGCCACCACAUUGGUGUGACAACAGACUUUCAACAAUAGUUCUAUGCGCUGUUGUUGCAUUCCCUCACGCUCAAAGUAACAAUUUCUCAAUAGAAUGCAGUUGUGAGUUCACAAACGAAUUUGGAACAUGUACACGUUUCAGUUGCAUUCUUGGUCGAGGAUGGAUUGAACCGCGCAAGAUUGAUUCAGACCAUGUGUUUAUCGGUUACACCAGUUGCUCCCACAUAACUAAUCAUGUAGAAGGUUCGGGAGAACAUCAGGAAUGUGGUCCUACGGAGGCGUCAAUCAAAUUCAAAGUGAUAGAUGGAGCAGGUGAGAUUGUGAAUUGUGGUUUAAGUUUGGUGUACGAGGAACCAAACCAUGUCGUUGUUGAAGGAGACUGUAGUGGAACUUCUUCAGGAAGAGAUUGGUCAGUUGGGGAGAGUAUAGUGAGCUCUGCUGCUGAGCUUCUAUCCAUUGUUUUGAGGUAUUUGUGGCUAGGUGUUGUGUUCUUUUCAGUUUAUGGGUUUGCUAGAUUUUAUUUUCACUAGAUAAGUUGUAUUUUGUUGGAUCACCACUAAGUGACUAGUUUCUGUUUUGUAUGUGUAACAUACAUUUUUCUUUUUUUUUUUGGAACACAACAAAAUAUGUAACGUACAAACUUUGUAUUGUGAAAUUUGUGACUUGAUCUUGUUCCCAUCCGAAAACAGAUGCUAAUCUGCUUAAUCAUCGCUUGAUCAACUUCUAUAAGGCAUAUCUAACCAAAUUCUAUAGUUAGCUCUCUCUUUUGGCAUCCUCAUUUACAUAUAAUAUACAUAUAUAACUUUAGAUGCUAUUAUUUCUAUCUAUUCUAU